CUUAGAGACGUCGGUCUUCUGUCAGCAGGGGCUGUGAAAGAAGCGCCUGAUCAAAGAGCUUAUUUACCUAAAAACGGAGUUAGUGCACACAUGGCUUUACGGAGCGCCGCAGUCCGCCUCUUUCUCAGCCCUCGCAGAUGUGCCCUGUCCUCCGCAGUGAGAGCUCAGGGGACAGCAGCGACUGUCCGCACGGAUGCCAAGAAAGGGAGCGAGAAGGAAACAGCCAAAGCACCCAAGGUCCGGUUUAACUGGCUCGAUGCCCUGGAUUUAGAAGGGCAGCUCACCGAGGAGGAGGUGAUGAUCCGAGACUCCUUCCGCACGUACUGUCAGGAAAAGCUCAUGCCGCGCAUCCUGAUGGCCAACAGGAAUGAGGUGUUCCACCGUGAGAUUGUGUCAGAGAUGGGGGAACUGGGAGUUUUAGGCUCCACUAUUAAAGGGUAUGGCUGUGCAGGCGCAAGCUACGUGGCUUACGGCCUAAUCGCAAGGGAGGUGGAGAGGGUAGACAGCGGCUACCGCUCUGUCAUGAGUGUGCAGUCCUCCCUAGUUAUGCACCCCAUCAAUGCAUAUGGUACACAGGAGCAGAAGGAAAAGUACCUGCCGAAACUGGCACGGGGAGAGAUUCUUGGCUGCUUUGGGCUGACAGAACCAAAUCAUGGCAGUGAUCCAGGUAGCAUGGAGACCCGGGCCAAAUACAAUCCCUCCAGUCACUCCUUCACCCUUACGGGCUCCAAGACAUGGAUCACCAACUCCCCAGUGGCAGAUAUCUGUGUGGUGUGGGCCAAGUGUGACGACGGCAAGGUGCGCGGCUUCAUCCUGGAGCGCGGUAUGAAGGGCCUGAGUACUCCAAAGAUCGAGGGCAAGUUCUCCCUACGGGCCUCCCCAACAGGCAUGAUUGUGAUGGACGAUGUAGAAGUCCCAGAGGAGAAUAUGCUGCCAUAUGCCUCUGGACUUGCUGGCCCCUUUGGCUGUCUGAACAACGCCCGUUACGGCAUUGCCUGGGGUGCACUUGGGGCCGCUGAGUUCUGCUUUCAUACGGCCCGUCAGUACACACUGGACAGGAUCCAGUUCGGAGUCCCUCUGGCCAGGAACCAGCUCAUGCAGAAGAAGAUGGCAGACAUGCUGACUGAGAUUACUGUUGGGCUGCAGUCCUGUCUCCAGCUGGGCAGACUUAUGGACAAAAAGACAGCAGCCCCGGAGAUGAUCUCUAUGCUCAAGAGAAACAGCUGCGGCAAAGCUCUGGACAUUGCCCGGCAAGCACGGGACAUGCUUGGUGGUAAUGGCAUUGCAGACGAGUACCACAUCAUCCGUCACGUCAUGAACCUGGAGGCUGUCAAUACGUACGAAGGGACACAUGACAUCCAUGCCUUAAUUUUAGGCAGAGCUAUCACUGGACUACAGUCAUUCACAGUGGAGAAGUAGACGUUAUAUGAAGAUGAGAAUGGCAUUACCACCUGCUCAUUAACAGGAGAUCAGUAUCAAAUUCCUUAGUGCUACUGCAUUAAAAACAAAUUCUGGGAAGUUAAUUUUUCAGUUUAUUGGCAGUAAUUUUGUUCACACUAUGCUGAAUAGAAUGAUUUUAGCGUAAAGUCAUUUAAAGAGAAUACAAAUUAAGAAUGAGCAAGUUUGCAUGAACAUAUGUUUUUGGAUUCUCAUAUUACUACUUUGUUGGCAAUAAUGCUUGCCCCCCCCCCCAAAAAAUGCUGUCAUACUGGAAAAAUAUUACAUUUAAA